AUGCCUGAACCAACUCCAAUCCCUAUAAUCCUCUGCGGAAAGACGGAAUUCAUUGGCCAAAGAGUUAUUGAGGCUCUGAAACCCGAGAUUGAAGUUGUGCACUUCAUUCUACCUGGAGAGUCAGGCAAAAUCAUAAUCCCAGACCUCCUCAGCGGGAAGGCUCCUUCGUCGCAUCCCGAUAGCAGCACCAUUGGUUCAGGAAAUUAUGAGCAGGUCCCUCGUGCUGUUGUUCUCGGGGGUGCUUUUGAGGAAUCGGAUAUCGCUGUCCUGCGUGAUGCUGUCAAAGCUGUCGAUGGGGCCCGCGGAGUAGCUUGGGUCCGUCAGGAUUCAUCGCUACCUGCACCACCUGUCACGUCGCCCGAGUAUCCCAAGCUUAUGACUCAAAGGACCAAAGAAGCUGUGGUCCAGUUGGAGAAGGAUGGGAAGUUAGAUGGAAAGCAUGAUGGACUCGAGUGGUACUAA